AUGGGGGAGGGGAACGGGACUGCGUGGGCGGGGGCGCUGUCGCCGGCGGCGCGGUACGCGGAGACGGGAGGGGCGAGCUUGACAUGGGAGAACCUAACGGCCGUGCUGCCUGGGUCCGGCGGCCGGCCGACCAAGAAGCUCUUGCAGGGGCUGUACGGCUACGCCGUGCCCGGCAGGAUCGUCGCCAUCAUGGGGCCCUCCGGCUCCGGCAAGUCCACCCUCCUCGACUCCCUCUCCGGGAGGCUGGCGAGGAAUGUGCUCCAAACCGGCAAGGUGCUGCUCAACGGCAAGAAGAGGCGGCUCGACUUUGGCGCGGUGGUAAGUGUGAAAUUUAUAGCGUACGUGACACAGGAGAACGUUCUGCUGGGCACGCUGACCGUCCGGGAGACGGUGACCUACUCGGCGCAGCUGCGGCUGCCGUCGAGCAUGUCAAAGGCUGAGGUGCGCCGUGUCGUCGACGACACGCUGGAUGAGAUGGGCCUCCGGGAGUGCGCUGAGCGGCCCAUCGGCACGUGGCACCUCCGGGGCAUCAGCGGCGGCGAGAAGAAGCGUCUGUGCAUCGCGCUGGAGAUCCUCACCCGGCCGCGCCUCCUCUUCCUCGAUGAGCCCACCAGCGGUCUCGACAGCGCCUCUGCCUUCUCCGUCAUCGAGACGCUCCGCACACUUGCCAUUGAUGGCGGACGCACCAUUGUCUCGUCGGUGCACCAGCCCAGCAGCGAGGUAUUCGCGCUCUUCGACGAUCUCUGCCUCCUCUCCAGUGGCGAGAGUGUCUACUUCGGGGAUGCCAAGCUUGCACCACAGUUCUUUGCAGAAACCGGAUUCCCCUGCCCGAGCCGGAGGAACCCUUCCGACCACUUCCUCCGGUGCGUCAAUUCGGACUUCGACGAUGUCGCCACGGCCCUGAAAGGAUCCAUGAAGCUCCAAGCAGAGGCAGAUCUUGAUCCCCUGUUGAAGUACUCGACUACGGAGAUCCGAGAGCGGCUCGUGGAUAAGUACCGGAUCUCAGACUACGCCAUGAUGGUUAGGAACACAAUACACGAGAUAAGCAAAAUAGAGGGUGUGAUGGAGGAGGCAGUGAAGGGCAGCCAAGCGACCUGGUGCAAGCAGCUGCGCACGCUGACCAAGCGCUCCUACAUCAACAUGUACCGUGACUUCGGCUACUACAGGCUGCGCAUCAUCAUCUACGUCCUGAUGGCCAUCUGCCUCGGUACCAUCUACUACGACGUCGGCAACGGCUACACUGCGAUCCAGGCGCGUGCCUCGUGCGGCGGCUUCGUCUCGGGCUUCAUGACGUUCAUGUCCAUCGGCGGCUUCCCCUCCUUCAUCGAGGAGAUGAAGGUCUUCUCCCUCGAGCGGCAGAACGGCCACUACGGCGUCGCCGCCUACAUCAUCUCCAACUUCCUCUCCUCCAUGCCGUUCCUGUUGACCAUGUCCUGGGCCAGCGCCUCCAUCACAUACUGGAUGGUCAAGUUCCGGCCAGGAUUCAGCUACUUCGCCUUCUUCGCCCUCAACCUCUAUGGUGGCGUCUCCGUCAUCGAGAGCCUCAUGAUGAUCAUCUCCGCUCUUGUGCCCAACUUCCUCAUGGGGCUCAUCCUUGGCGCCGGCGUCAUUGGGAUCAUGAUGUUGACGUCUGGAUUCUUCCGGCUCCUUCCAGAACUUCCCAAGAUAUUUUGGAAAUACCCAGUGUCCUACAUUGUCUACGGAUCUUGGGGUUUGAAGGGUGCAUACAAGAACGACCUGCUCGGGCUGGAGUUCGAGCCGAUGACGCCGGGAGGGGAGAAGCUGACUGGCGAGUUCAUCAUCACCAACAUGAUGGGGCUGAGCGUCAGCUACUCCAAGUGGCUAGACCUAGCCAUGAUCUUCAUACUCCUCCUGGCCUACCGCAUCACCUUCUUCUUCGUCCUCAAGGUCAAGGAGGCCGCCGCGCCCUACCUCCGCGUCGCCUACACGCGGUUCACCGUGAAGCGCCUUGAGCGGCGGGCGUCCUUCAGGGAGUCGCUGGCCAUGACGUCCUUGUCCAAGCGGCACAACGCACCGCACCCCAUGGCCAUGCAGGAGGGGCUCAACUCCCCCAUGCAGCAGUACUGA